CACCGCAAAAAAAAGGAGACUGAUAAAUUCGCAGUUACUAUGUGGAUCGUGAAACCGGCGGCGAUGCCGGUUCAAUUUCUCAUGAGACCAACCGUAGCAACCUCCGUCGGCUAUUCACAUCCGCCGCCGCAUAAUUACGACGGAAUCCACCGUCGAUUCAUUAACAUUCCGACGAAAUCGCAAACUUCCGAAUCCGUCGGCGGAUUAGGCCAACAAAUCCUCCUCCGCACCGCCGAUUCGAACCCUAGUAAACCAAUCCCGAAGGAGAAGGAGAUUAGUGGAUCAGACGUGCUCUGGGCGAUUCAGAGAGCGACGGCUCAGAGGAAGAGAACGAACGCCGGUAAAAAGAAGAUGAAGAAGAUAAGAGGAGUGGAGUUAUCAUCCUCUGCGGGCGAGUCCACUGAAGAUAACGGUGUUGAUUACAGUAACGUGGCGCCGUUAAGGAUCAAGAGUGAUUGGGGACACAGAUUAGAGGAAUUCGAGAAGCUUCUCAAAGAGUUUCAAGACACUGAACUUUGACUUUGACCUUUUUCUCUUGCAACAUUACAUAUUAAAGUAUUUUUCUUUUUUAAUUACAUGUAAAUUUUCCAAUUUCGUUAUUGUGUUAGCGAUUACUCUGUCUAUAAAAUUAUGAAAAUAUCGCGUGGGGAUUGGGAUA